UUGCAUUUCUUAUCAAGGUUAAUUUUGUCAGCUGCUGGAAGCAGGCAAGCUGCACAAACUAUUGAAGACGCAGGAAGAAACAGGAAGGUUGAGUGCGAGGUCCCUUCGCAAUGCUGGUGGAUAGCUGAAAACAGCUGCUCAAUUCUAUGAUCUUAUGUUGUAGAGCUUGGACUCGGCAUACAGGCGUCAGAUCUCUUUUUGUGCUCCCGUCUCACAAUGUGAUGGCGCCAAAGAGAAGCGCAGCAGCAGCUCAAGCCACACUCCCUUCUAGAACGUCAAAACGGCUGAAGCAGUCAACAACACUAGAGCAUCUCUGGGGAAAAGCUUCAGAGAGUUCCCCAUCGCGUCCAAAAAAGCCACAAUUGAGAACUGGAUUGAAAGCCAAGGGCAUCAAAAACCAGGAAGCUCACAAUGCUGGUGCAAAGUCACAAGCAGGAAUGACAAAGGAGAGAUCAGCCAGGGAAGAUAGUCCUGAUGUUGGGCAUGGGAAUAUAGGAGAAAUUGAAGACAUUGGGGGCAAACAGACAUGCUUUAGAGGGGAGGAAAUUGCCCCCCUGAGAAAAGGACUCCUGCGCUGGUAUGACCGGAAUCAUCGAGAACUUCCCUGGCGGAUCAACCCGCAUUCUCAGCUCAAAAAGACUGAUUUGUCCGACGCAACCGACACUGUUCAGGAAGUUCCAAGUAAGAAGCGCCAGAAACAGGGCGGCAAACGAGUUGCCCCACAAGAAGGCCCUGCUGGAGUGCCAGACACGGUGUUGAAAGAGAGUGUGUUAGAGCUGGCCAAAGCGGAGGGAGUGGAGAACAGGGCCUAUGCGGUGUGGGUGUCUGAGGUGAUGUGCCAGCAAACUAGGGUAGUGGUGGUAAUGGACUACUUCAGAAAGUGGAUGGAGAAGUGGCCCACGGUUGGGGAAUUGGCGCAAGCGACGCAGGAAGAAGUCAUCCAAGUUUGGGCUGGCCUAGGUUACUACCGCCGCGCGCGCUUCUUACUCGAGGGGGCCAAGUACAUAAUGUCCACUCUGGGGGGCCGCUUCCCAAGCACCGUCCCUGAGUUGCUCAAAGUGCCAGGCAUCGGGGCAUACACGGCAGGGGCGAUCGCUUCGAUCGCAUUUGAUGUUCGGGCGCCGGUUGUAGACGGGAACGUUGUUCGCGUGUUGUCAAGGCUGAGAGCGAUCAGCGGGGAUCCUACCGAGAAGGGGAACGUAAAGGUGCAUUGGUCGCUUGCCGAGCAGCUGGUUGAUGCGAUCCGCCCUGGCUGCUUCAACCAGGCGCUGAUGGAGCUAGGCGCGAUGGUCUGCACCCCGACCUCACCAGACUGCUCGGGUUGCCCAGUUUCCGGGCACUGCCAGGCCCUUAAGCUUGCGGAAUCGGGGAUAGGUGGACCGGUCACCGAGUUCCCAGGAAAGAAGGUGAAGAAAGCCCCCCGGGAGGAGACCGUUGCCGUGUGUGUUGUCGAGUUGCGGAAAGGUGAAAAACCCGGGCGAUCCGUGGAGGCGUCCCCCGAGUACCUGCUUAUCCAACGGCCCAAAACGGGCCUCCUCGCUGGGCUGUGGGAAUUUCCGACCGUUUCCGUCGCCUCGAAAGCGAGCAAAAGCGUUCGGCGAAGCGCGCUAGACUCGUUGCUUGCGCGCCUUCUUCCUGGGGGGUACGAAACUUCGGAACGGCACGAAGUUGGGGAAUAUGUCCACGUCUUUUCGCACGUUCGGCAGACGAUGUUGAUAGAGCGACUGGUUAUCACAGAAAUGAAGAGCGGACAGAACGGAAAAGGUGUGAAGAGGCAACGAGAAGGGGUGGGCGGCGAAUUAGAGGACGAAAGCGAGGGUUCGACUCCGCAAACCCGGUGGGUUCCUGAGGAAGAGAUGACGUCAGUCGGCCUGACGAGUGGCGUCAAGAAGGUUCUUGACAUGGCUCGGAAGAGCCGCGCCCUCACUACUCAGAAAAGCUGAGGGUGAAAACCGGGUACAGCUUCCUUUCUGGAGGUGACCGCAAACGUCGUCCGAGGCUUAGAGCAGCUUGCAGCUAUAUCGGGGCCUCGGGAACUCUGUUUGAGUACCUACUCUGAACUGACCGUUUGGAUCAUGGUCGCUAGCACUCUAGCGAGCCUUGUUUUGAGAUCUGAGUGACACCUGCAACAUGACAUUUCUCUACUGAGAUUUGACCAGUAGCUCGGACGCAGUUUUGUCAAGUAGCUAGGCCGGGCCGGACUGGGACUCGACCGAAUUGCUCGAUGGCCGCUGCCG